AUGACAGUGAGUGACCAGCCGGUGGCCACUGCUGAGGAGGUGGAAUUCCAGCAUCUUCUCAGAAUACUAAAGCCCUUGACAAACUUUCAGCUAAGUACAGGCAUACACACAGAGCUCCUCAACAUGUACAAUCAGAUGAAAACAGAAGUAAAAAGAGUGGUCGGCCAUGCACAAGACCUUGUCCUGACGGCUGAACUGUGGGUUUGCACUGCUACAGAUUCUUACCUGACCGUGACAUGUCAUUUAAUCAAUGAGAACUGGGAUCUUCAAUCCUAUACAUUGGAAACUGCCCAUUUACUGGAUAAUCAAUCAGCAGACUACAUUGUUCAGCAGCUUGUGAGGAUCGCAAAGGAUUGGGCCAUCAAAGAAAAGAUCCAUGUUAUAGUCACCAACAUUAAGCACAUGAGAACUGCCUGUGAAAAAGCAGGGUGGAUCCACAUAUCUUGUUUCGCUCACACCCUUGAUGUAGUUUUUAAAGAAGCUAUGGCAACAUCUACUUGGGAAGAUUUGCUGAAAAAGUGUCGUGCCAUUGUAAAAUUCUUUCACCAAGAUCCAGGGGCUACUCAGAAACUACAAGAGAAACAAGCUGAGCUAAAUCUUCCUCAAAGAGAACUGGUUCAGUCCACUCAUGGAAAGUGGCUUCCCACCCUUCACAUGCUGGAAAGGCUCUCAGAGCAGUGGCCAGCAAUUCAUGAGGUAUCUAAGGAUAGACUCAUCGAGGAGCUCUGGUUUUACCCUCAGGAGAGACAAAUGCUUCACAGUGCGGUACAGGCACUGAUGUCACUCAGAGAGGUGGUGGAGGAGGUGGGACAACAUGGUUUUAACCCCAUUUCUAACAUCAUCCCACUCGUGGAUAAACUGCAGGUGACCCUUGGGGAGAUGAGAGAAAACAAAGUGGCGGAGAAGCUGGCAGAAAAAUGUGAUUAUCAUUUUGGCAGUAUCAAGAACAAUACGUGGCUGUCCAUUAGCACUGCCCUGGACCCAAAAUUUAAGUCUUACAGAGGUCUGCGUGAACAGGCUGAGAAAAUAAAAGCCAAAAUCCAGCAUCUCAUUACUGGUUCUACAUCUCACCAAAGGUACCAUGAGCAAGCGGAGUAUGACUUUUUUGUACAAAUGGACACAGCAAGUGCUCUAAAGCCUCUCCAAUUCUGGGCAUCUCAAACUGAGUUUAAAUCUCUAUACAAAAUUGCUCUUAAGUACCUCACUGUUGUUUCAACAGCCAUCCCAAUGGAGCGUGUUCUGCAAAUGGAAACUUCACAGACUGUGGCCAAAUGGAGAUGCUCCUUAGAGCCCCAAUACGUCAGUUUACUUGUGUUUCUCAACACCAACUGCCCCACAGUGAGAGGUGUGCAAUUCGACAAGGAUGAAAGAUAA